CUGAGCCCGAGCUGAGUGGUUACAGCGGGGGGAGCUGCAGGCCCAGAGCUGGGGAGCGGACGCCUGCUGUGCCCCAAGUGACACCGGAGCCGGGAAUAGAAAGUGAAAGGGAGAAACACACACCAGUAAAACAGGACACAGCCUGGGAGGCUGUAGUGAAAGCCAUGGCCACUGGCUGGAACAGAGGUCAUGUAUCCAGAGACAUCACGCAAGGGUGAGAAUGAAAGCACCAUACCCACGUCCUUCACAAGGUUUACAGAGAAAGUGGGAGCUGGGAAGAUUCAGAUCUCACUCCCCUCUCAUCAGUGUGACACUAGAUUUAACUCUCCUUCUUCCCUGCCUCUCUCUCUUUUCUUCCAUCACUAUCUCUGAGUCUCCUAUCCUUCUGUGGAAGAUAUGCCAGGAGGAUUUUGUGGAGAAUUAUGACCCAAGUGUCCUUCCAAGUGUGACUUACCUUCUCUAUGAAAUCACGUGGAACUCUCGCAGAAGGCCCUGGCAAAGAUGGAUCUGUAGUGCUGGCGGUGAGCAUGCUGAAACGUACUUCCUGGAAGAUGUCUAUAGAAAGCUAAGAUCUAAUCCUUUUGUCCACUGCUCCAUCACCUGUUACAUAUCCUGGAGUCCCUGUGGGUACUGCUGCCAGGAGAUCAUAGAUUUUCUGGAGAAAAUGCCUAAUUUGAGUCUAGUCAUUUAUGUAUCACGGCUCUACUGGCACCAAGUCGAAAACAAUCGUAACGGACUGUGGAACCUGGAGAAUAUCGGAGUGUCCAUCCAAGUCAUGGAUCUCCCAGAUUAUAGCUACUGUUGGAGAACAUUUGUCUAUGAUGAGGACAAGGAUGAAGAUGAUUAUUGGCCCAGGCACUUUGCUCCAUGGAUAAUGCUAUAUUCUCUUGAACUCCAGUCCAUCCUUCAGAACAUUCCAUCUUGCUUAAAGAUUUCAUCAGAUGAGAAUUAUACUCCAGUUUUCAGCCUGUGUGUAGAAGAUGAGGAACAGAAAAGAGCACUCACAUCAUACAAUACCUAUUAGCGCCAGUAUCCUGGCCUGGGCAGCCAACCAGUCUCUGGAAGCCAUGAGUGUCUUGAACCAGUCCAUCAGCUGCUAAGCAACAGAAACCAGUUGAUAGGAAACAUCAACCACAUUAAAACUCCACAAUUUGGGGCGGGGAAGAGGAUGCCGCCAAAAUGGGUGCAACACAGUGACUGCUUUGCUAUCACAGCAUGUUUUCUCAGUUGGUGGGUUACUCUUGCAUGAGUUGAUAGAACAAUGGUUCUCAAACUUUUACACGGGCGACCCCUUUCACAUAGCAAGCCUCUGAGUGUGACCCCCCCUUAUACAUUAAAAACACUUGUUUAUAUAUUUAACACCAUUAUAAAUGCUGGAGGCAAAGCGGGGUUUGGGGUAGAGGCUGACAGCUCGCGAUCCCCCCAUGUAAUAAACUCACAACCCCCUGAGGGGUCCCAACCCUCAGUUCGAGAACCCCUGUGAUAGAACAUUAGAAUGUUUAAUCAUUCCAAUUUGAUUUAGUUACUCUUAGCCAUUUCCUUCCCAUUGGUUCAGCUUGUAGCCUUUUGAAAAGUGAAUCAUGUUUAAAUGUUUAAUGUCGUACAGUGACUGGGUAGUGUUAGCACCUGUGACUCAGUUUACGGGUUUAUUCCAUCACAGUUACCACAGGAAUAUCUUGCUUAUUCUGCAGCCAAUGCUGUUUCACCAAAUGAACAUAAAACUAUAUGAUUUGCUUUGUGCAAGCAGUUUAUAAGGAACUAACUCAUUAUGUAUUUACAUAUCCAGAGACCUUAGAGAGGAUUUAUUUUCUGAGGUUAUUUCUUUGAAUUAUGUUUCUCUUAUAGAUUUCUAGAUUUUACUUUGUAUCAUUUGUCAACAUAACAUUUGAA